AGCAUCACCUUCUUGCUGUAGAAAUGGACGUUGAGAUAGUUUUGUGGCUUCGCGUUUUUUGUUUAUAUCUCCGAUAAUCGACGUCGAAAACUUUUGUAAUCACUUUUAAAAGUCAUCCCUUUGCACAAUAAUGUAGUGCGUGCAUUUAAUAUUUAGUAAAAUCGUGUGUUUAAUGUAUUUGCGUUUGUCUUAACAUAGCACCAUUUGGUUGGGCAUUGAUUUAUGUGCUGGGAUCUUUAUAAUUUUUAAAAAUCACUUAUUUACAAAUCUAUACAUUGUUAUAAUUAAGUUUAAAUGAACUUAUAUUUGUAGCUUAAUCUGUUAUUGUGUAAGUUUAACUUUGUUGGGGGUGUAGAAUAUUUACAUUUUAUUUCCCGUCGACUAAGAUGGUUUCUUGCUGACAUGGCACUGUGCGAAGGACAACUAGAUUCAGUGUUGCCGCAGCUGAAGAGAGAAGAGUCCUCGACCUCGAGCGAGGGUCCAGAGUCACCGCAGAAGAAGUUAAAGCUGGAGCCAAAUGGGGACAUAUACGGCCUCAAUAAAGUUGCCGGCGGUUUGCCGUUGAGUGUGGACUAUCGUUCGCCCGUCUCCCACUUCGUGCCGCCCGCCGUGGAACUGUACGCAGCAAGACACAAAACGGAGAGAGAUAUCAGUAAUGGACCAAAGCCUGAAUCUAGUUCCACUCCCGCGAAACGGAAGAGGGGUAGGCCUAGAAUUGAUAAAACCAGCCCCGAGUAUUUGGCAAAUGUGGCUGCGAGGAAACAAGCUAAAGAAAUGGCGGCCGUGAUAAGCAAUCGUACGGAUACUGGGGAGAAACGUAAGCGAGGACGGCCGCGGGUGGACAAAACGAGCCCUGAAUAUCUAGCUAGGAAGCGUAUUAGGGAACUAGAAGCGUUAGAAAAGAAGGCGAAAAGAGAAUACAGACGACGUACUGGGGAUUCAGUCGCGUCGUCAUCUGCGGGCGAUUCUACGCCGAGAGUUAAACGCAAAUAUACUAAAAGGACUCCAAGCACCAAGAAGAAUGAUUCAGUGAGUAUUUACAAGCUGUUUUCGUGCUUUAUCUGCAAACUAGCUGUUCUAAUAUUGUCGGACAAAAUAAGAAUUUCAAACAUCAAGAAGCAUACCAGAACCAAAGACGCAACCAUCGUGGCUAAAAAAUUAAAAUGGAAAUGGGCGGGUCACACAAUCAGGGGCGAGGAAAAAUGGUCGAAAUUGUUAAUGAACUGGUACACAAAGCACAAGAAGAGAAAAAGAGGCAGGCCAUAUACUCGAUGGGUCGAUGAGAUCAAAGCAGCAGCGGGCAGCGCCUGGUCCAGAACGGCGAAAAAUAGAAAACUGUGGUCCAACAUGGAGGAGGCCUUUGUCAAAAUGGCACACAGACAAUAA